UUUGUAAAAUAAAAAUAUUAAUAGAAAGAAAAGUCACUCCUGACCUCUCCUAUGGCGUCUCUAGAUGCUCUACUGACCUUUCUUUAUUCUACUCUUCUUGUCACUAUCGUGAGCUCGGAAACGCCGUGCCAGAAUUUCAAGUCGAUCAUCAGUUUCGGUGAUUCGAUUGCCGACACCGGGAACUUGGUCGGUCUCUCUAAUCGUAACAAUCUUCCUGUGACUGCGUUUCCACCAUAUGGAGAAACAUUCUUCCACCACCCAACCGGCCGUUCCUGCGACGGCCGCAUCAUCAUGGACUUUAUCGCUGAAUUUGUGGGGCUUCCUUAUGUGCCUCCUUACUUUGGAUCUAAAAAUGGAAACUUUGAUAAGGGCGUUAAUUUCGCGGUAGCUGGAGCAACGGCACUGGAAAGUUCCUUUCUUAUGAAGAGAGGAAUUCAUCCACACACCAACGUUAGUUUAGGAGUUCAGCUUAAGAGCUUCAAGAAGAGUUUACCAGAUCUAUGUGGCUCGCCAUCAGAUUGUAGAGAUAAGAUUGGAAAUGCUUUGAUUCUCAUGGGAGAGAUUGGAGGGAAUGAUUAUAAUUUCCCAUUCUUCGAACGCAAACCCAUUAAAGAAGUUAAAGAGCUGGUUCCGUUUGUGAUCGCUACUAUUUCUUCUGCAAUCACGGAGUUGAUUGGUAUGGGGGCAAAAACCUUUCUAGUGCCCGGAGAGUUCCCUAUCGGAUGCUCAGUAGUCUAUUUGACAUUAUAUCAAACAUCAAACAAGGAAGAAUACGAUCCUUUAACAGGAUGUUUGAAAUGGCUGAACAAGUUUGGCGAAUACCACAGCCAGCAACUUAAGACGGAACUCAACAGACUUAGGAAGCUCAACCCUCAUGUCAACAUCAUAUACGCUGACUACUACAACGCUCUCUUGCGCCUUUUUAAAGAACCAGCCAAAUUCGGGUUCAUGGACAGACCCUUGCAUGCUUGUUGCGGUAUAGGAGGACAGUACAACUUCAACUUCACUAGAAAAUGUGGGAGUGUAGGAGUGGAAUCUUGUAAGGAUCCUUCAAAGUAUGUGGGCUGGGACGGCGUUCAUAUGACUGAGGGUGCAUACAAAUGGAUAGCUGAUGGAAUACUCAAAGGACCAUAUGCGAUUCCUCCUUUUGGUCGGUCCUGCCUCAGAUCUGAGAUUAAGAACAAGGAGUCAUUAGACAAACAAUUUACUCUGGCACAAGCUUGUGUGAAACUUUGAGAGACAAAACUGAUAAUGAGAAAAACAUAUACUCUCCUAUUCCUUAUUUAUUCAAACUCUAGAGAAACAUUGUUGCAAAAAGAUAUAUUUUUAGGUUUU